CGUGUUCACGCUGACAGGUAGCUUCGACCACAGCGACAUAAACAAAAAAAGAUUAACCAACAUGUCUGGGAAGCCGCGCGAUAACGAGGGUAACCGCGAGGGAGCGACCGACCUGAAGGAGGAACUGAACAAAAAGAUAAAGGAGCAGAAGGUUGUAGUGGACGAGCUCUCCAAUCUGAAGAAGAACAGGAAAGUGUACACCCAGCAAAGGAACAGCUCCAUAUUCUUCCUAGCAGACAGAGGUCAGACACUGGGUUCAUGUAAAAAGGAACUCGAUAACAUGAAAAGGGAUCUGCAGGAUAUGUAAGCCUGACCUCCGUCGCCAAAAUGUGCGGCAUCUUUUGUCUGUUGAGUCUGUCGCCCGCUCGGCGCGUGCGGGACGAAGCACUUCAUGAACAUCUGAGGAGGAGAGGGCCCGACUCGAGCGGGGACCUCACAUUCGGAGGCACUAAUCCCUACUACCAGUGCUUGUUCUCCACCCACGUUCUGCACAUGCGAGGCCUGCUCACCCCUCAGCCCGUUCAAGACAACGCCGGCAAUGUUCUGGUGUGGAACGGGGAGAUUUUCGGAGGGCUCACAGUGAGGCCGGAGGAAAAUGACACUGCUGUCGUCUCCCAGCGGCUGUCCUCCUGUGACAGCCCGUCACAGAUUCUGUCCGUCCUGUCCGCUGCGCGGGGACCGUGGGGGUUUGCCUACUACCAAAAAGCCGGGGACUACCUCUGGUUUGGCCGGGAUUUCUUCGGAAGGCGGAGUUUGCUGUGGAACUUUGAUGCGGAGGUCGGCGCCUUGACCCUGACCUCCGUGGCUUCCCGCGGAUCUGGACCGGCUCCGUGUGCCUGGCAGGAAGUCCCGGCAUCCGGCGUGUACAGGAUUGACCUGAAGGCAGCGGCCGACGCGGGCUCCCUGACGUUCGAGGUCUAUCCCUGGGCCCGCGGUGGAAGCGACCUCGCGUCGAGCUUCGGUCCCGCCACGUCGGAGCCCGUCCCCGGCGGCUGCAGCGCUGUGAUGAACCGGUCGGGCCUUGUGCUCGCCGCACCCGUUUGCCCUCUCAACACAUCCGUUCCCGAGUCGUUAAGCGCGGGGGAAGUUCCUCCAGACUCGCGUCGGUGCGCGGAGGAUCUGCAGCAGCUGCUUUCGAGCAAAGAGAAGGACGACGAGGCGAGCCGUCUCGUCGCCGUCCUCAGCGAGGCGGUGAGGCGGCGCGUUCAGUCGCUGCCGUGCGCUUUCCGUCCUUCCGGUGAACUGGCGAGUGUCGCGGUGCUCUUCUCGGGAGGGAUCGAUUCCAUGGUGCUGGCGGCCUUAGCUGAUCGUCACAUACCUGCUCGACAGCCAAUAGACCUUCUGAAUGUGGCGUUUAGGCUACAGGCGCCAAAGAAGCAGAAAGAGAGUGCAAAGAAACACGGAAAGGACAAAAACAAGGCCACAGAUUCUACGACGGAAGGAGCCGAUCCCCGGACAUUUAGCCCCUUUGACGUCCCAGACAGAAUCACCGGGAGAGCCGGUCUCAAGGAAUUAAGAGAGUUGAAUCCCGAAAGAAGAUGGAAUUUUGUUGAAAUCAACGUAGCGAAGGAGGAGCUGCAGAAAAUCCGGCAGGAGCGCAUUUGCCACUUGGUGCAUCCGCUGGACACGGUGCUGGAUGACAGCAUCGGAUGCGCCGUGUGGUUCGCAGCGAGAGGACGCGGGUUCGUCGUGGAGGACGGUGAGCGGAGACCCUUCACAUCAUCAGCAAAGGUGGUUUUGACGGGAAUCGGCGCUGAUGAGCAGCUAGCAGGUUACUCCAGACACCGAGUCCGAUUUACAAAGUCUGGACACGAGGGGCUGAUCCAGGAACUGAAAAUGGAGCUGGACAGGAUCCCCUCCAGGAACCUGGGCAGAGAUGACCGAGUGAUCGGAGACCACGGGAAGGAGGCGAGGUUUCCCUACUUGGACGAGGACGUGGUGAGCCACCUGAACGCUCUGCCCGUGUGGGAGAAGGCCGACCUGUCGCUCCCUCGGGGCGUCGGGGAGAAACUCCUCCUGAGGCUGGCGGCGAAGCGGAUGGGCUUCGGCCAAUCAGCAGUCCUGCCCAAAAGAGCCAUGCAGUUUGGCUCCCGCAUCGCAAAGAUGGAGGACCACUACGAAAAGGCUUCGGACAAAUGCACAAGGCUCCUUACUGACUAGCCAAAUC